AACUUAAUUUACUUUUUUUUCAUCAGAAUUUAAAUAAAGGCUGCUAUACUGGGCAUGGGAGAAAUUCGUGAUUGGUGGAGUAAUUUACCUGGAAGAAAACGUUUAUAUUACGGCUUCACUUCUUCAGCUGUUGUUUUGAUCAUUGCACUUGAAAUUUAUAAACAAAAAAGGUUUUUGUACGACCCAGAAAAAAAGAAGAAAGUUAAGAUUUCCAAGUGGGACUGAAUCUUUGCUGAUUUAUCCUCCCAAUAAUAACAAUAUGGCCACGUCAGUUGAAAUUCCUCUUCGUGAUACUGAUGAAGUAAUUGAGUUGGACUUAUCACAACUGCCAGAUGGUGAAGAAGUUCUGGGAAUUUUAAAGCAAGAGAAUACAACAUUGAAUAUAUGGCUCACAUUGGCAUUAGAAUAUUACAAACAAGAUAAAGUUCAAGAUUUUGUUCAAAUAUUAGAAACGGCUCGAACUGGUGCAAAUCUGGAUUAUCCAAAUCAUGAAAAAGAUCAGAUGACAUGUUUGGACACCCUGGCAGCAUAUUACGUGCAACAGGCACGAAAGGAAAAGAACAAAGACCGCAGAACUGUAUUCAUGCAAGCCACCCAGUUGUAUACAAUGGCUGAUAAAAUUAUCAUGUACGAUCAGAACCAUUUGCUCGGUCGUGCGUGUUUCUGUUUGCUCGAGGGAGACAAAAUGGAUCAGGCUGAUGCUCAGUUUAACUUUGUAAUGAACCAAUCUCCUGAUAACAUUCCAUCUCUUCUUGGAAAAGCUUGUAUUUCGUUCAACAAGAAAGAUUACAAAGGAGCGCUUGCUUAUUAUAAGAAGGCAUUAAGGACAAAUCCAAACUGUCCAGCUGAUGUGAGACUUGGCAUGGCACAUUGCUUUUACAAGUUAAACAAGUUGGAUCGUGCAAGACAAGCAUUUGAACGAACACUUGAACUUGAUCCAACAUCUGUGGGUGCCUUGGUUGGAAUAGCUCUGCUUGAUCUUAACAACAAGGAUGUUGAAUCAAUAAGAAAUGGAAUCAAGCUUUUAUCAAAAGGUUACCAGAUAGAUCCCAGUUGUCCGAUGGUGUUAAACCAUCUUGCCAACCAUUUCUUUUUUAAGAAGGAUUAUGAGAAAGUUCAGCAUCUUGCUCUUCAUUCGUUCCAUAACACAGAGAAUGAGGCGGUUCAAGCUGAGAGUUGCUAUCAACUUGCUCGAAGCUUCCAUAUACAGGGUGAUUUCGACCAAGCAUUCCAAUAUUACUACCAAGCCACACAGUUUGCAUCACCAACGUUUGUCCUUCCAUACUAUGGUCUGGGACAAAUGUACAUUUAUAAGGGUGAUGAACAAGACAGGGAAAGGGCAGCUGAGUGUUUUGAAAAAGUAUUAAAAGCUUAUCCAAACAAUUAUGAAACUAUGAAGAUACUUGGCUCAAUCUACACCCAAUCUGAUCAUCCUGACAAACAAGAUCUUGCUAAAAAGCAUCUCAGAAAAGUAACGGAACAAUAUCCUGAUGAUGUUGAAGCAUGGAUCGAACUUGCUCAACUUCUUGAAAGACAGCAAUCUACCACAACCACAGGCACCACAGAUGGUGUACAAGGUGCAUUAGGUGCGUAUGGUACUGCUACAUCACUAGUGCGUGAUCGGGUCAAAGCUGAUGUACCACCUGAGAUAUUAAACAAUAUUGCUGCUCUGCAUUUUCGACUUGGGAAUUUAAAUGAAGCAAAGAAAUAUUACGAGGUUGCGUUAAAACGUUGUGGUGAAGAAUCCACCCACGAUGAGGUUUAUUAUAAAUCAAUCCUUGUUACCAUGCAAUAUAACCUGGGUCGCUUAUGUGAGGAGAUGUAUCAAUUCGAAGAUGCUGUCGAUCAUUAUAAGAAUAUACUACGUGACCACUCUAAUUAUAUUGACUGUUACUUGAGACUUGGGUGUAUGGCUAGAGACAGAGGACAAAUUUAUGAAGCUUCUGAAUGGUUUAAAGAAGCUCUGCAAAUCAAUUCAGAACACCCCGAUGCUUGGUCCUUGAUUGGAAAUCUCCAUCUUGCUAAGCAAGAGUGGGGACCUGGGCAAAAGAAAUUUGAACGGAUAUUAAAACAUGAACAAACACAAAACGAUGCUUAUUCUAUGCUGGCUCUUGGUAAUGUAUGGCUGCAAACAUUACAUAACCCAACCAGAGAUAAAGAAAAGGAAAAACGACAUCAAGACAGAGCGCUUGCUAUGUACAAACAAGUGUUAAGAAAUGACCCAAAGAAUAUUUUUGCGGCUAAUGGAAUUGGGGCAGUUCUUGCACAUAAAGGAUAUAUCCGUGAAGCUCGAGAUAUAUUUGCACAGGUUCGUGAAGCCACAGCAGACGUACCAGAUGUGUGGCUGAAUCUUGCACACGUUUAUAUAGAACAACGCCAGUUUAUAAGUGCAGUGCAGAUGUAUGAGAACUGUGCACGAAAAUUUAAAAGAAGACAAGAUCCUGAACUUCUUCUUUACCUUGCAAGAGCUUAUUUCAAAUGUGGAAAGUAUCAGGAGUGUAAAAAGACGCUGCUACGAGCACGCCAUGUUGCCCCCCAUGAUACAUCAGUGUUAUACAACACAUCAAUUGUCCUACAACAACUUGCCACCUCUGCUUUACAAAAUGAGAAAAGUGAUUUAAAAACGGUCCUUGGUGCAGUGACCGAAUUAGAACUCUCACAAGGAUACUUCACCUACUUAAGCAAAAAUGGAGAUCGUAUGAAGUUUGAUCUUAACCAAGCUGCUAAGGAAUCGGGGAAAUGUCGAGAUUUGCUCUCACAAGCUCAGUAUCAUGUGUCUCGUGCUCGGAGGCAAGAUGAGGAUGAGAGGAAAAUGAAGGAGGACCAGGAGCGAGAGAAAUCUGCUCUUCGUGAAAAACAACUUGAAGAAGAGCGAAGUAGAAUCCGAGCUCAGGAAGAAAAGAUGCGAGCACUGAUGGAGCAAAGAGCUCAAAUUCAAGAUAAAAACAAAGCAUCGAUGGCAAAGAAGAUGGUGGAAGAUGAAGCUCCGAAGAAGAAGUCCGGAGGAAAGAGAAAACAAAAAGUUCAAGAUGAUUUUGUGAACGAUGGAUCGAGUAGUGAUGCCAUUGUUACAAAGAAGAAGAAGGGAGAUCCUCAAGGGAAAAAGAAGAGGAAGCUUAAAACAAAGAAGGAACGUGGUGGAGAUAGACAAGGAUCAAAUGAUGAAAGUUCAGAUGAAGAGAAAAAUCCAUCAAAGAGAAGUAAAAAGUUUUCAUCGAAGAAGCAGGAGCAGUUGUCGGCCAAACAGAAGGGGAAGAUCAAGUCCCGAGCUUACAUAUCUAACUCUGAUUCUUCAUUGUCAUCAGACGACAACCAACCAUCACAAGAAGGGGAGACCAAUCCUGCACCUGCUGCAGAGUUGGCAUCAUCUUCAGAUGAGAAUCCAGAUCAACAACAGCAAGACUCUGAUGCAGGAAACGUUUCAUCAUCAUCUAAUGAAAAUGAUCUGGCACACAACUCUGAUCAAGAAGGUAAAGAAGAGGUGGAUGGUGGUAGUGGAGCAGGAUCUGAUGAUGAAGAAGUUGUUGCAUCAGAUGAUCCACAAGAAGAUGCAGAGGAGCAAGCAUCUAGCAGUGAUGCGCAAUCAGAUUAAAAUGAAUUUGUGUUGAAUACUGAAUAAAAUUUUGAAUUGUUUUGGAAUAAAAUACUGCUAUGUAAUGU